UCUAUACUUUGUCUCUGUGUCUCACUUCUUUUCUCAAGUGUCUCGUUCCACCUAACGAGAAACGCCCACAGGUAUGGAGGGGUAGGCCACCCCUUCAGUGGACCAGACAUCCAGACCCCCUGAAAGGCUCGUGCGGAGGCACAGGCGGGAUCUUCCGGAGGGUGAAGGUAACACUCCAGCGUGGUCAUUGAGGACAAGUCGACGAGAGACUCCCGAGUACGUCUACAGUCAGCCUUGCGGUAAGCUUCUGCGCUCGGAAGAACCCAGGGUAACAAUGGGGCAAACUAAAAGUAAAUAUGCCUCUUAUCGCAGCUUUAUUAAAAUUAUUUUAAAAAGAGGGGGAGUUAGAGUCUCUACAAAAAAUCUAAGUACGCUGUUUCAAACAAUAGAACAAUUUUGCCCAUGGUUUCCAGAACAGGGAACCUUAGAUCUAAAAGACUGGGAAAAAAUUGGCAAAGAAUUAAAACAAGCCAGUAGGGAAGGUAAAAUCAUCCCACUUACAGUAUGGAACGAUUGGGUCAUUAUUAAAGUAGCUUUAGAACCGUUUCAAACAGAAGAAGAUAGCGUUUCAGUUUCUGAUGUCCCUGAAAGCUGUGUAAUAGAUUGUGAAAAAGAGGCAGGGAUAGAAUCCCAGAAAGGAAUGGAAAGUUCACAUUGUAAAUAUGUAGCAGAGCCAGUAAUGGCUCGGUCGACACAAAAUGUUAACAAUAAUCAAUUACAGGAGGUGAUAUAUCCAGAAACAUUAAAAUUAGAAGAAAAAGGUCCAGAAUUAGCAGAGCCAUCAGAGUCUAAGACACGAUAUCAGCUGGUAGAAAAUAAGACCCAGCCGCCAGUAGCCUAUCAAUACUGGCCGCCAGCCGGACUUCAGUAUCCGCCACCCCCAGAAAGUCAGUAUGGACAGCCAGAAAUGUUUCCAGCGCCACAGGGCAGGGCGUUGUAUCCUCAGCCGCCCACUAUGAGACUUAAUCCUACAGCACCACCUAUUGGACAGGGUGGUGCAUUACAUAAAAUUAUUGAUAAGGCAAGAAAACAAGGAGAUAUUCAGGCGUGGCCAGUCCCAGUAAUAUUAGAAUCAAGACCACCUGGAGAAGGGGCCCAAGAGGGAGAGCCUCCCACAGCUGAGACCAGAUAUGAGUCCUUUUCUAUAAAAAUGCUAAAAGAUAUCAAAGAGGGAGUAAAACAGUACGGACCCAACUCUCCUUACGUGAGAACAUUAUUAGAUUCCAUUGCUCAUGGACAUAGACUCAUUCCUUAUGAUUGGGAGAUUCUGGCAAAAUCCUCACUCUCACCCUCUCAAUUUUUACAAUUUAAGACUUGGUGGAUUGAUGGGGCACAAGAACAGGUCCGAAGAAAUAGGACUGCCAGUCCUCCAGUUAACAUAGACGUAGAUCAACUAUUAGGAACAGGUCAAAAUUGGAGCACUGCUAGUCAACAAGUAAUAUUGCAAAAUGAGACCAUUGAGCAAAUUAGGGCUGUCUGCCUUAGGGCCUGGGAGAAAAUCCAAGACCCAGGAACCGCCUGCCCCUCAUUCAAUACAAUAAGACAAGGCUCUAAAGAGCCCUACCCUGAUUUUGUGGCAAGGCUUCAAGAUGCUGCUCAAAAGUCAAUUACCGAUGAGAAUGCCCGUAAGGUCAUAGUGGAGUUGAUGGCAUAUGAAAACGCCAAUCCUGAUUGUCAAUCAGCCAUUAAGCCAUUAAAAGGAAGGGUUCCCGCAGGAUCAGAUGUAAUCUCAGAGUACAUAAAAGCCUGUGAUGGAAUUGGAGGAGCUAUGCAUAAAGCUAUGCUUAUGGCUCAAGCAAUCACAGGAGUUGCUUUAGGAGGACAAGUUAGAACAUUUUGGGGAAAAUGUUAUGAUUGUGGUCAAAUUGGUCAUCUAAAAAAGAAUUGCCGAGUCUCAAAUAAACAAAAUAUAACUACUCAAGCUACAACAACAACAGGUAAAGAGCCACCUGGCCUAUGUCCAAGAUGUAAAAAGGGAAAACAUUGGGCUAAUCAAUGUCGCUCUAAAUUUGAUAAAAAUGGGCAACCACUGUCGGGAAACGAGAGGAGGGGCCAGCCUCAGGCCCCGCAACAAACUGGGGCAUUCCCAGUUCAGCCCCUUUUUCCUCUGGGUUUUCAGGGACAACAACCUACUGUCACAAGUGCCUCAGGGAAUAAGCCAUUUACCACAAUACAGCAAUUGUCCCCUCUCACAAGUGGCAGUGCAGCAGUAGAUUUAUGCACCAUACAAGCAGUCUCUCUGCUUCCAGGGGAGCCCCCACAAAAAAUCCCCACAGGGGUAUAUGGCCCAUUGCCUGAGGGGACUGUAGGACUAAUCUCAGGAAGAUCAAGUUUAAAUCUAAAAGGAGUUCAAAUUCAUACUGGUGUGGCUGAUUCAGACUAUAAAGGCGAAAUUCAAUUGGUUAUUACUUCCUCAAUUCCUUGGAGUGCCAGUCCAGGAGACAGGAUUGCUCAACUAUUACUCCUGCCUUAUAUUAAAGUUGGAAACAGUGAGAUAAAAAGAACAGGAGGGUUUGGAACCACUGAUCCGGCAGGAAAUGCUGCAUAUUGGGCAAGUUAGGUCUCUUGAGAGCAGACCUGU